AUGGCGCUCUUAGCAAGCAUAUUUUUGCAUGAUUAUAUUGCCGAUGUUUACAUGGACAUCAGCCACGAGUUCUUUCCACUGCCCACCGUUGUGCUGCCGGAUGUUGUCCUCAAACGGCCAACAAUACCUGAGUACAGCUUUGAAAGCGAAAAAAAAGCAAUUGCCGAAUAUGCAAAGAAUAGGGCUGCGUUGACAUCAAAGCUGGAGCUUAGACCACCAGCUGAAGUUGUGAAAAAAGUUGAAAACAAUGUUGACCUUACUAAAAGGCCCCCGAAUGUCGCUGCCCAAGCACAUAUGUACAGGUUUCAUUCCUGUGGUAUCCUGGAACCGAGCCGUGUUGUUGCUACUACUUCCAAGCAGCAGCAAAGCACGAAGCCGGUGAAGCCAGCAAUGAACAUUUUUGAAGAAUUUGAAGCAAAGCCGAAUUUGUUUGAUCUCCUGGAACUGCGUACCAUUGAUGAUAAAGCUGCCCUCGAGCAAAUUCUUGCCAACCCGGUGCCGCCGCCGCCACCGCCGGCACAGCCUCUCAGCGCUUCCGGAAGUAGUACCCAGUCUUUCACAACAGUGCCUGCAACUGCAUCAAAUACGAGUGUCGGGCUUAAGGCUUUGAAUAUGCCGAGAGCGGACGAUGUUCUCAAUAUGUAUAAUUUGCAGACAGCGCUCGAAAGCCAUAGUAAUAAUAAUUCAUAUGGUUUCGGUAUACCUGGUGCUUCCUCUUCUCUUCAAAACCUAUAG